AUGCAAUGCAGGACUCAACACAUUGGUGGAAACAUCAUGUACGACCGUCACGUGGUCAGAGGAAGUACCCACCCCCAAGGCAUCAUUCCGCUGUAUGUAUGAGGCCUCCAUUUUUCUGUGCUUUCUGAGGCUUUCCUGGACAAACCACUCUUCAUACCUGCCAAAUCUGGUAUAGAUGUCACAACACAGAUUGAAGAGGGCGAGUUGUUUGACUUUGACAGAGAGAUCCAGUCAGUGCUGGAAGUCCUUGUAGGCAAGACGAUUGAACAGUCCCUGUUGGAGGUGAUGGAGGAGGAGGAACGCUUGAGAGCCCAGCAAAGGGUAUUUGAAGAACUCAGAAUUUGCGAGCUGCAGGAGGUGCAACGGCUGCAGGAGCAGGAGAGGCGCAAAAAUGAAGAAAAAAAAUGUAGAAUUGCCCAGCAGAAAGAGGUGCUGAAGAAAGAGAAGGAGGCUGUAGACAAGAUAUCUGCCCGGGUGUGCACUCAGCAGUAUCUGUUCAACUUACAGCUGAUGAUCCUAAACCCACUGAGAGACCAAGGUUACCUUUUCGACCCUUUUCAGAAUGAUAUUGAAACUAAUUUCUUCCCAUGGCUCAUGGCUGAUGUUGACAACUGUUUGGAGAGAAGAUACUGUGCAAGAGAGCUGCUUGACAUGUCUGUUUCAGCUAUCAUCCUUGAAGUCACCCAGAAGAGACUGGAGCAGUUCCAAGAACUGGAGACUCAGCUUCAAGAAUCAGACUCAUAA